CUAUUUUAUCCCAGAGCCCUGAAGGAGCCGUUAGCCAGGAGGGGAAAGGCGCAAUAAUAAAAGGGAAUGCAGCUUGACAAAACAGCACUGUGAGGGCGUCACGUAGCAACCUACGGUAGCCUAAAAUCGUAAAGCAAAACCUCCGGGAUUUUAUACAGAAGACAAUAUAAUACUCGUUAAUCUAUAGCGAUGGCUUGAUUUGAUCGGUGUGUUUUCGGUAAAGGCACGGCCAGGGCUCGUGCCUUCGAGAUGCACGGUGGCUCCUGCUGCCGCCAAUCGCUGCGACACGCCACGGAAACCGCAACCGGCCCGGUUCUAUCAUGGCUUUCAAACGGAGAGCGAGGAGGAUGCGGCUAGGGCUGGGGCGCUAUCGGGUGGGGCCCAUGUGGCUCUGGAAGGCCCUGCUGGUGUUCGUGGCCAUCGCCUUCGCAGGACAGUUGCUGGGGGUCAUCUUCAACAAAAGCCUCCAGCAGGACAGGUCGCGGUCGCUGUUCUCAUCCGACGGCCAGGGCCCGCCUCUGGGCUCCUGUCGGCCCCACAGCCACGUCAUGUUCCUGAAGACCCACAAGACAGCCAGCAGCACUGUUCUCAACAUGCUUUACCGAUACGGAGAGGAGAGGGAUCUGUUCUUCGCCCUGCCUCUGGGGUACCAGUUUGGCUACCCCCUCCCCUUCAACGCACACAGGGUCAAAGGUUAUAGAGGGCCCCACGUGGCCGAGUUCAGCAUUAUGGGAAACCACAUGCGCUUCAACAAACCAGAGGUAGAGAAGGUGAUGCCAGUGGACACCUUUUACUUCUCUAUCAUGCGCGACCCUGUAGCGCUGGCCGAGUCGUCCUAUGCCUAUUACAAAGCUGUCGCCCCCGCCUUCAAGAAGGCCAAAGGCCUGGGAGACUUCGCCGACAACCCCAGGAAAUACUACGACCCCCGUCUCCGUAACAACCACUACGCCCGCAACCUGCUCUGGUUCGACUUCGGCCUGGACCACAACGCCAACUUCUCGACCACACUGGCCCGAAGAGGCGAGGCGGCCGUCCGACGCGCCUUCAAACUCAUCCUGGUCUCUGAGCACUUUGACCAAUCCAUGGUCCUGCUGCGCCACGCCCUCUGCUGGCCGCUGGACGCCAUCGUCUCCUUCAGUCUCAACGCCCGCCAGCAGAAGCCCAGCGGAGGCAGCUCCUGGGUGGGUAAAGUGGCUGCUGCGCAGCCCCCCGCCCUGGCUCUAACAGACGACCAACGUCUAAAGCUCCGCGAGUGGAACGCCCUGGACUGGCACCUCUACCAGGCCUUCAACCGCUCCUUCUGGAACGAGGUGGAUCACUUUGGGAGAAUUAGGAUGGACCAGGAGGUCGCUCUUCUCCGUACCCGCCGGGAUGUGCUGGCCCGGGCCUGCCUGAGGGACGGCGGGAGACCUGUGGAGGCCAGCCGCAUCCGCGACAAGACCAUCAGGCCCUUCCAGAGCGGCUUGGUGAAGAUCCUGGGAUAUGAGCUCCAGCCUGGGCUGGAAAACGCUACUCAUCAGUCCUGUCUGAGGAUGAUCAGGCCAGAGAUCCAGUAUAAGGACCUGCUGGAUGCCAGGCAGUUCCCCAGGGCUGCUCCCCAGGCUGCCCAAGCCCAGGCCCCGGCUAUCCCUGCUGGGGGAGCCUACUUGAGGAAAGACCCUUCUUCCCAACUCAGGACAGGAGAGCUGGGGGUGGGGGAAGGACGAGGGGGGACGGGGGAGGACAGGAGUCGGUUAUCUCAUAGUAAUAAUAAUAAUAAUAACCAGACAUUGCUACGAGGAGGAGGAGGAGGGAAAGGGAAGAUAAAAUAG